AUGGCACAGUACGGGUAUGUUUCUCUGUCUUCAGGAGCCGACGGCGCCCACGACGACGAAUACGACCUCUCCCGCGGUAGACUAACAGACUCAACCAAUGACAGAUACGGUGGUCGUCAAAACCCCUUUGACCAGCGCGAUGACUCCCCUUCAGGAGGCGGAGGCUACGGCGCCCCCAUGAGAGGCCCUCCCCAGCAGUCCUUCGGCUCAGGGCCGUCUCCCUACGGAGGAUCCAGAUAUAACAACGGACCACAAAUGGGUAGGGACCAAUACGGUAUGCUCCAAGGCCGCGACGGUCGUCCUCGCUCGCAUCGCUCACACGCGUCCUUCACAGGAACGAACGUCGAAAUGGAAUCCCUCGCCCAAAACGCCGGUGGCUUCGGCCAGUCGUCCGACCCUAACGCGAUCCUGAACGAGUGCCGAUCCAUCGACCAAGGCAUCGACCAGAUCGAGCAGAACCUCAAUCAGCUCCGCAUGCUGCAAGAGCGCACACUCACCGACGCAGACACCUCCGCGAACUCCGCCACCGCCCGCCAGCUCGAUGCCCUCUCCUCCGAGACGAUGACCCAGUACCGCUCCCUCACAGACCGCGUCCGCCAGGUCAAGUCCACCCCCGAAGGCCAGACGCCCAAGAACUCGCCGCAGGUCGGCCGCGUCGACCGCCGCCUGAAGGGCGCCAUCCAGCAGUACCAGCAGGUCGAGUCCCAGUUCCGCAAGCGCACCCAGGACCAGAUGGCCCGUCAGUACCGCAUUGUGCGCCCCGACGCCGACGAGCGCGAGGUCCGUGAGGCUGUGGAGGAUGCCGGCGCCGGUGCCCAGAUUUUCCAGCAGGCCGUCAUGCAGUCCGGUCGCCAACAGCAGGCCAAUGCCGUGCUGUCUGCCGUCCAGGACCGCCAGGCUGCCCUGCAAAAGAUUGAGCAGCAGAUGGUCGAGCUGGCUCAGCUCUUCCAGGACAUGGAUGUCCUCGUCGUACAGCAGGAGGCCGCCGUUACGCAGAUCGAGCAGAAGGGCGAGGAGGUCGUCGAGAACCUCGACAAGGGUAACCAGGAGAUUGGUGUGGCCGUCAACACCGCACGCAAGACCCGCAAGAAGAAGUGGUGGUGCCUGGGUAUCUGCGUCCUCAUCAUCGCCAUUGUCGCCGCUGUCGUCGCCAUCUACUUCGCCGUCAUCAAGCCCGGCCAGACCGCUGCCGCACCCGCUGCUGGCAAGCGUUCACUCGAGCUCGGCUCCCUCCCCGCCUUCUCCAACAGUGUACCCGUCGAUGUCAGCUCCGUCCACCCGCAAAAGAUCAGCCGUAUCAUGCGCCGAAUUGUCACACCGGGCGCCACGUGGAGCCCCGACGCCGUACAAGACGCCGCUGUCGUCGCCCGCGUUGGUGGAAAGUGGGACAUGCCCGCCGUCCGCAACUAG